AAAAUGUUAAAGUAACUUAAAAGACAAGAGGAACAAAAUACAAGUAUAAAUCGCAGUGGGACACCUAAAAAAAUGUCAGCAACAGAUGGGCUGUGUUGCUGUGAAUAUGAGAAUUUGGAUGGAGAGAGAAGUCACAUACUGGCCUGUUGUUGUGAUUGUGAUGCUCUGGAUCAGAUAGCUGACAGAUGUUUUAAAUGUGAGAAAAUACCAGAUGGAAUGGUUCAAAGGUUCUUUAAUACAUUGAAUGACAGAUGUCGUUUUCCAGGAAUUUGUGGAAAAGGGGCUGUACGAAUGAACCUGGAUAUAGUUGCACCGUGCUGUCUUGUUGUUGCCAGUAUAUAUAUAUCAACCUAUGGACCAUAUACAACAUUCUUCAUGUUGACUUUAAUGCCAGUGUUUAUGUUAAGUUUUUAUUAUUUAUGGAGAAAGAAUACUCAGAUGACUCGAACUCAGUUUUUUUACUCAUGGGGAUUGACAUCCGUUGUGUUAAUGUUUCUUGUUUUUCAUAUUUAUACCAUAUGCUUUAGAAAGACAUUAUUGUGGGAACAUAUUUUACUUUUCACAGCAUUCAGUCUUAUGAUAUUUUUUUUCAUCAAGACAAAGAAAAGUCCUAGUAUCUUACGACAUGGGAUAAAGGAUGCCACUAGGGUGAAAAGCUCAAAACAUGUGACAGUUAAUUUAGAGAACAAUACUCAUGAUAGAGUAGAUGAUAUUUUGUCACAGGAAAUUGCAGAGAAAGAUGUCACAUGGGUAGACUCAAGACCUAUAAAAGAUGGGAAGUUAAAGAUCUGGUGUGAAAAUUGUCAUUUUAAGAAACCUGCCAGAUCUGGCCAUUGUAAUAUCUGUAAUGCUUGUAUAUCUGUCCGAGAUCAUCAUUGUGUAUGGAUUGAUUGCUGUAUAGGAUCACACAAUCAUCGUUCAUUCAUCAUGACCAUGGCAUUAUUUUUAUUUUGUGGUUUUUAUGGAUUUCACUUGACGAUGACCACAGUUUGUACACCAGAGAUGUAUCUAGGUUGGUUCCUGUUUCCUAGCGACUGUCGAUUCCUUUAUAUAGAUUUCCAGACAGCUGUAAGUUUUGUGGCUGCCUGUUACACCUUGAUGGCUUCCAUUUUAAUGUUGUGUAAUUUUAUCUACCAGAUAGUGUUGAUCAGCCAGAACACUACAUCACAAGAAUUCCAUCAGGCUUCACGAAGAGGCCUCAGGACAAAAUGUUUUACCGUGAAAAACAAUAUACAUAACAAUGGGUUCAUUAAAAAUUGGAUAGCAUUCAUAUUUACAAGACGAGAAGAUACAGGAAAUAUUCCAUGAUUUUUAACGCUUCAAGUUAAAAUCAAGUUAAAGGUCUUCAGAUAUGUCAUUAUGUUGAUUUUUUAUGCCCAACCUACAUUAGGGACAACAUAAAAAAAUCCAUGAAGGAUAAAAAACUUAAUUCAAAAAGUUUGGGGGUGGGGGUCAAACUGCUGCAAGUUUUGUUUAAAUUGACAUCGAUUUUACAUACAUCCUAAUUGGUCAAUCAAUUUUUCCCAAAUUUAGUUGAGAGGGGGGUAAGGGGGUCAGUGAAAAAACUAUAUGAAUUAAGUUUUUUAUCCUAUAUUUAACUUUUGAUGUCGUCCCUGAGAAGGGGGCAUUAUGUUUUUCCAGUCUGUUCAUCCAAUUUGUGAUUAACUGAACAUUUUUGAAAAUGUGAUAUUGUUUCAUAUUUUAUUUAUGUCAUACUCUAUUCUAUCAUUGUAGAUGGUUGUUCUACUGUUUUUAGUUUGAGAAAUCAAAAAAAGAUUAUGUUGUGAUUUUUUUUAUUAAACAAAUUUUAUUUUAAAUGAAUAUGUAUUGUUAAUUAAUGACUCAGACAAGUUGAAAAACGGCUUCAAAAUGUACCUUAUUUUACAAAUGUUUUAUAAAAUUCUUUUAUUUCCAAAUAUUUUAUUGUUGUUUCUCACAUAUAAUCUUUGAGUGAGGACCAAAUGGAUGAAGGAUUCUUAAUUUUUGUAUUCUUUAAAUUUAAAAGCAUAUAUCUAUCAGUACAGGAAUUAAGGAUUUUAUUUUGAUAAGAUUGUGUACAAAUUCCCAGUAAAGUCUUAUCAGACCAAUAGUCCAGUUCACUGUUUCUUUUGUCUUCAACUUAACAAGGCUUCACUGUAUUUUUCUUGUUUUGCAAUAAAAACACUCAUAUCAAAAUCCUUAUUCCACCCUGGUUUUACUGUUGAUUGUUGCCUUGUUUUAAUUUGUUCAGAAUCAGGAUCGAAGAUCAAAGUUUUGCAUUUUUUUUUAUCAUAUCUGUUAAUUUGUUGUUUAUAUAAUCAUGUUUAUAUAAACAGAUUGUAAUUUAUAUUUUAUAAUUUUUUACUAUUAAUAUAUUCUAUAA